AUGUUUCACUUUGCAAACCCUCUUUUAAGAAACAUCAUUAUCAGAAGAAAUCAAUUUGAUAGCAUCAAGAGGAAGCAAUGCCUCCAAUAUUUGAAAACUCUGAGAAACCUGCAAUAUGAUGGGUUCAAGACUGUAUUUUUGGGAGAAACAAAUAUCCCUGAAAGUCUUGUAACUGGGGAAGAUUUUGGUGAUGGAUAUUCCAUGCAAAAUCCAAUUUGGUGUAUUGUGCAUGCUGGUGGUAGUCAAGGAUGGGUGCCUUGGAAAUACCGGCUGUUCCUACGAGAUGAGUUAUGUAUCAAGCAAGAAGACAGCCUCUUCUUUGAGUUCUGUGAUGUGGUGAAGAAGGCCUAUGGGAAGUGUGCCAUUGUGGUCAAAGAGAAAAGACAGCAGGAUGAGAUAAGGCCAGAGGAAGACAAAGAGUCAAAGGACCAGUCCCAUGCCCCAUCAGUCAUUAACCUAACAAGCAUUGUGUGUUGCCCAGAGGUGGCCAAGUCCUGUGGCCACGAGCUGCUUUCUCUGCCUUUCCUUUACAGUUACCUGAACCCUUUAGACUCAGCCUGGUCUUCUCUGAAAUGGUUUAUCAUCAAUAACAGAAAAGAGUUUUCUUUGCAGUCUAUUGACAGUAACUAUUCUUACCAGUAUAUACUUCUCAGUGACUUGAUUAGCAAAGGGAUUGAAAGGAUAAGCCCAGGCAAGUGGAAAACAAUAACUAACAAAGUGCGAAGAUGGGAAAACUACUAUCUUGGUAAAUUUUCUUAA